AUGACAUCCACACAGAGGUGUCCACAGCAGGGCUGUGCACUGUUACAGCUGUUGUUGGUGGUGUUGUUCUCCCAGGGAGAGGAGCCAGCAUGCAGGCAGAGAGAUGAACCUGAGAGCCCCCAGCUAUCUAAGGAUGGCAACAUUAUAUUAGGAGGCAUCUUCUCUUUGCACAACAGCUGGAAGGACAGACAAGAUAACUACACCCACAAACCACUGCCGCUGGAGUGUACCAGUUUGAAUUUCAGAGACUUCCAGUUUGCCCAGGCUAUGCUGUUUGCCAUUGAGGAGAUUAAUAACAGCAUAGAGCUCCUGCCUGGAAUUUCUCUGGGUUAUAAAAUGUAUGAUACCUGUGGCUCUAUGGCCAGAAGUGCAAAGGUUGCAUUGGACUUGAUUAAUGGUCAUGAGUCUGUGUCUGCACCCUCUGGCAUACAAUGUACCAGAUUUGCACAGGUGCAGGCAAUAAUGGGAGACAGCUCUUCUUCAACUUCCAUGGUCAUAGCUACUGUCUUUGGAACAUUUCAGAUUCCAGUGAUCAGCCAUUACGCCACCUGCGCUUGUCUCAGUGAUAAAUCCAGGUACCCAUCCUUCCUUAGAACAGUAGCCAGUGACUACUAUCGCAGCAGAGGCUUGGCCCAGUUGGUUAAACAAUUUGGUUGGACUUGGGUUGGUGCUUUAAGAAGUGAUAAUGAUUAUGGCAAUAAGGGCAUGGCUACAUUUACAGAAACAGCCCAGCAGCUGGGCAUCUGUCUGGAGUAUUCUGUUGCUUUCUUUAGGACAGAUCCACCGAACAAAAUACAAAAGAUUGUUGAAGUGAUCAAGCAUUCAACCUCCAAGGUGAUUGUUGCUUUCCUGACAUUUCCAGAAAUGGAUGUAUUAAUGAAGAAGUUGUCUCUCCAUAAUAUGACUGGAUAUCAGUGGGUUGGCAGCGAAGGCUGGAUCAUUGAUUCUCAAACUGCAGAACAAGAUCAAACUCACAUACUGGAUGGUGCCAUAGGCCUGUCACUCCCCAAAGCACAUGUCAGUGGCAUGAGAGAGUUUAUAUUAAAUGUGAAGCCAGUGAAUUUAUCUGGUAAUGAUGUGUUGUCUGAGUUCUGGGAAGCAAUAUUUAACUGCAAAUUCAAACAAUCAAAUUCAUCUGCUGCGAAUCAGAGCGAAUGUACUGGACAUGAAGAUCCUAGUGGAAUAAAACAUGGAUUUGUUGAUAGCGCACUCACGCCAAUACUUUACAAUGUCUAUAAAGGAGUGUAUGCUGUGGCCCAUGCACUUCAUAAGAUACUUGGCUGUAAUCAAACAUGUACCUACAAUUUGCAGCUAGACCCAUUCACAAUUUUACCAACCUUAAGACAUAUUAAUUUUAAAACAAAGGAAGGAGAUGAAGUUUACUUUAAUGAGGAUGGAGGCCCACCAGCAAAGUAUGACAUCAUACACUGGCGUCCAACAGAACAUGGUGUUGUGGACUUUGUCACAGUUGGUCUCUAUGAUGCAUCUUUACCUGAAGACAAACAGUUGAGUCUGCUAAAUAUGACUUUAUACUGGGCACAGAACUCAACACAGGUUCCCGUGUCAGUUUGCAGUGAGAAAUGUUCCCCAGGAACUCGUAAGGUUCUCCGGAAAGGAAAGCCUGUCUGCUGCUAUGACUGUAUAAGAUGUGCAGACGGUGAAAUAAGCAACAUCACAGAUUCCAUCAGCUGUGUUCAAUGUCCACCUGAAUACUGGUCAAAUGACAAUAGAGAUAUGUGUGUAAAAAAAGAGGCAGAGUUUUUAUCCUAUGAAGAAAUGAUGGGAGCGCUGCUCACUGCAGCAGCUUUAGGUGGAACAUGCAUGACUGCUGUUGUGGCCUUCAUUUUCUUCACAUACAGGAAAACUCCUAUUGUCAGGGCCAACAACUCUGAGCUGAGCUUCCUGCUGCUCUUCUCCCUGACUCUGUGCUUCCUGUGUUCUCUGACCUUCAUGGGCCGACCCUCUGAGUGGUCCUGCAUGCUGAGACACACAGCAUUCGGUAUCACCUUUGUCCUCUGUAUGUCUUGCGUUCUAGGCAAAACUGUGGUGGUGCUAAUGGCCUUCAGAGCUUCACUUCCAGGCAGUAACGUGAUGAAGUGGUUUGGACCAACACAGCAGAGACUCAGUGUUCUGAUCUUCACUCUCAUACAGGUUGUAAUAUGUGUCCUUUGGUUAACGAUUUCUCCUCCUUUUUCAUUUAAGAACUUGAAGGUAGUCAAAGACAGAAUCAUCGUAGAAUGUGCUCUGGGCUCAGCUGUGGGAUUCUGGGCUGUACUUGGCUACAUAGGUUUUCUGGCUCUGCUCUGUUUCGUUCUUGCUUUUCUGGCUCGGAAACUGCCUGAUAACUUUAAUGAGGCCAAGUUUAUCACCUUCAGCAUGUUGAUAUUCUGUGCAGUGUGGCUCACUUUUAUUCCAGCUUAUGUCAGCUCUCCUGGAAAGUUCAGUGUUGCUGUGGAGAUAUUUGCUAUUCUGGCCUCUAGUUUUGGACUGCUGAUAUGUAUCUUUAUUCCAAAAUGUUACAUUAUGUUACUCAAACCAGAGAAGAACACAAAAAAGAAUAUGGUAUCUGCUACUCACCAGAAAAAUUAUAAAAUCUUUAGUUAG